AUGAAGUUCAUCGCCGCACUCGCAACCCUGGUCCUCGCCGCCGUCGCCUCGGGCCAAACAACCAUGCCCACCCCUUUCGACUGCUCCACUGGCCCCACCCAGAUCGCUAUCACGUCCUUCAACCUGGUACCCUACCCCCUCUGCAUCAACGAGAUGGUCUGUGCCACUGGUACCGGUACCCUCUCGACCCCCGUCAUCGAGGGAGCCACUCUUGCCAUUACUGGUCGUUACCUCGGCCGCUUGGUUUACACGGAUAACCAUGAUUUGUGUGAGCUGUUGGCGUCCCAGGGCUUCCAGUGCCCUAUGCCCACUACCAUGACCUCGAUCACUGCCUGCGUCUUGGUCAAGCCCAACGCUCCCCCAAACAUCGGAGUUGCUCUCCAGGUCGUUGCCGUCAACGGCGAUGGUGGUGUCCUCUUCUGCCAGGCUGCCAACGGUGUCAUUGCCACCACUUGCCCUUAA